AGCAGGAUGCUCUCUCCCAAUGAUACCCAGUUUCACCCCUCCUCUUUCUUGUUGCUGGGGAUUCCAGGACUUGAAACUCUUCACCUCUGGAUCGGUUUUCCCUUUUGUGCUGUGUACAUGAUUGCACUUGUAGGGAACUUUACUAUCCUGUCUGUGAUCAGGGCUGACAGCAGCUUACAUCAACCCAUGUUCUACUUUCUGGCCAUGUUAGCUACAAUUGACUUGGGCCUCUCAACAGCUACCAUCCCAAAGAUGCUUGGAAUCUUCUGGUUUAGCUUCAGAGAGAUAAUUUUUGAUGCCUGUCUCACGCAGAUGUUUUUCAUCCACAACUUCACUGGCAUGGAGUCGGCAGUCCUCUUGGCGAUGGCUUAUGACCGCUGUGUGGCCAUCUGCAACCCACUCCGCUAUAGCACCAUUCUCACCAACAAGGUUGUAACUGUACUUGGUUUUGGUGUGUUAGUGAGGUCAUUUGCUUCUGUUAUCCCAUUCGUAUUUCUCAUACUACGACUGCCCUUCUGUGGGAAUCAUGUCAUUCCCCACACAUACUGUGAGCACAUGGGCCUUGCUCGUUUGUCUUGUGCCAGUAUCAAGAUCAAUAUCAUUUAUGGCUUGGGUGCUAUUUCAAUUCUGGUUUUUGACAUUAUAGCAAUUGCCCUGUCUUAUGUUCAGAUACUCUGUGCUGUUUUCCGUCUCCCAUCUCGGGAUGCCCGACUCAAGUCCCUCAGCACAUGUGGGUCUCAUGUGUGUGUCAUCCUUGCCUUCUACACACCUGCUCUCUUUUCCUUCAUGACUCAUCACUUUGGCAGAAAUGUCCCCCGCUGUAUCCAUAUACUCCUGGCCAAUCUGUAUGUAGUAGUCCCACCAAUGCUCAAUCCUGUCAUAUAUGGGGUAAAAACCAAGCAGAUCUAUGAUCGUGUGAAGAAAAUAUUAUUACAUAAGUAA